CUCCCCUUGACCUGACCGAGAGGCGCGUCGCGAGUUCGCGACCUGCCCAUCGCGCCUCCUCUUCCCAGGCCCUGAAGCGCCGCCCGCCCGCGCCCAGCGGCCGGCCUCCGCACCUCCGCGGCCCCUUCCUGCUGGCCUGCUGCACCUCCUCCGCCCGCGCCGAUCGCUGCUGCCCUGCUCCCUGCUCUCCCUCGUGGCCUUGCCUCGGAGUGCCAAGCAGCCGCCGGACGGGCCGGAGCUAGGGUUUCGGCCAAAAAUCGCUGCGGCCAGGGCGCCGUGUUGGGACUUGAGAGAGCAUGAAGAACGGAUGAGUUUGCGAAUGGCCGGCCCCGGGAAUGCAGAGGGCGUGACCGCCUCCAUGGGGGAGCUAAGCGUAGAAGCAGCACCUUCAUCAAGUAGGACUGAAAUCGCCCAGCAUGCUAAUGGUGGUGAUGUUGCUGCUGCCGAAGAUGAUGACAUAUGGGAUGAUGCUUCAGAUUCUCCUGGGCAUGCUUCUAACUUAGACAGAGAAUGGAUCCACAGGCAGAACCAGUUUCAUAAGAUGGGCUAUAGGGAUGGUAUAACAGAAGGGCAGAAAGACUCUGCCCAGGAGGGCUUCAAUGUUGGGUUUAGGCAAUCUGUAAACGUUGGCUACAAGUGGGGCCUUGUUCGUGGUGUUACCAGCAGCGCAAUAGCUAGCCUUCCUGACAACUUGAAGGAAAAACUUGUGCCUGAUGCCCAGUGUAGAAGAAAAUUUCUGGAUGUGCACACAUCUGUGCAAGAAAUGUCUGCAGAUGACGCACUCCAGAUGUUCCUUGAGAACAUCUGUCAGAGUGAUCAUCCUUCAGAUGACUCGCAUGUAACAUCAACUGCAGAUGGAGCUACAGAAUCUAAUAUGAUCAAAAGCCUAUCAAAUGAUCUUGUGCUAUUGUUGCAUGAAUGCCCAGAUAUUAAGGUAACUGAAGAGUUGGCAUGAGACUAGUGAACAAGUAGGCCUCGAAUUGCAACAGCCAGGAGUCAACCAAGUCUGGCAGAAACACCGGCACAGAAUUCUGAGAUUACUGAAUGCCUGCCAGCGCUAUAUGUGAAUGAAUAGAGCUGAUACUCAAAAAGCUUGAACCUCUGAUGUGGCACUCAAGUUUUAUAUGUCAAUCAUACGCGUUGUUUGAAUACAGUAGCGUUGUUUUGUUUCUGAAUAUUUCUAAUCA